GGGUGUGGCCCCGUGGGGCUGGGGCCGCCGGGGUAUGGUCCCCGUGGAGACGGAGGUGCAGGGGUGCGGUCCUGGUGCGAGCCGAGGCCCGGUGUAGGCCCCGAGCCCCGACUGGAGGCAGCUCGCGGCUUCCGGCCGCGCGGGCCCGCUCAAGAUGUCGUACAUGCUCCCGCAUCUGCACAAUGGCUGGCAGGUAGACCAGGCCAUCCUGUCGGAGGAGGACCGCGUGGUCGUCAUUCGUUUCGGACACGACUGGGACCCCACUUGCAUGAAGAUGGACGAGGUUCUGUACAGCAUCGCUGAAAAGGUUAAAAAUUUUGCAGUUAUUUAUCUUGUGGAUAUUACGGAAGUGCCUGACUUCAACAAGAUGUAUGAGUUGUACGAUCCAUGUACUGUCAUGUUUUUCUUCAGAAACAAACAUAUCAUGAUUGAUCUGGGCACUGGCAACAACAACAAGAUCAACUGGGCCAUGGAAGACAAGCAAGAAAUGGUUGACAUCAUAGAGACUGUGUACCGUGGCGCCCGCAAAGGCCGGGGCCUGGUGGUGUCCCCCAAGGACUACUCUACAAAGUACAGAUACUGAGCACUACCCUCACAGGCUGUGCAGAGGACCUGGGGACCCUCCAUGUAGAAAUACUCAGCUCUUCAAAGCCUUUGGGAAGGGCCUGCAGCAGAACAUGGCUGGAAGCUGGAGGAUCCUUGAGAUGAGGGUUGUGGGGCCUUAACUAGCUGAAGCAAAUAAACGUGCAGUGGGGAACAGUC